AUGGAAGUGGAGAGUGAUGGUCCCAGAUUCCCCAUUUUCUCUCUGACAGUACCCACACUGACCCAUAGUAACUUCUGGCAGUUUGGAAGGAUGAUCAAGCUCAUGACUGGGAAGAGUGCCUUAUUCUCAUACUAUGGCUACGGCUGUUACUGUGGCCUAGGGGGCAGAGGAAAUGCAGUAGAUGACACUGACAGGUGCUGUCAGGACCAUGAUUGCUGCUAUGCUGAGCUGAAGACCUGCUGUGGCUGUCAGCCAAUGUUUAGCAGCUAUCAAUUCCACGUUGUCAAUGGAAGUGUGAUCUGCUAUGGAGGAGAUGGUGGCGGGAGCCUCUGUGGGUCACUGGCCUGUGAGUGUGACAAGAGAUCUGUUCACUGCUUCAAAGAGAGUCUUCUCACCUAUAAGAAGAAUUAUCAGUUCUAUAGUCAGUCUCGAUGUGGCGUGAACAAGGUUAUGUGCUAAGGAAGAGGCCAGGACAUAGUGAUUCCCCACAGCCACAGAUGAGAGAUUUCCUCUUCUCUUAAAACUCUGUGCAAGACUCACCUCCAAGAAAAUUUCCCAGAUUGAGCUCAGCACACUUAGAUUCAUGGGCCCACACAGACUGAUAGAGCUUUGAACUUGGACCUAGAAUUUUAGAGCCAGAAGAACCUUAGAAUCUAGAAUGUCAAACCUAAAAGGGACCUUCCUGAUUUCUUCAUUUUACAUUAGGAUUUAUGUUUGAGGCACUCUUAGAUCAGCAUCCCAUUGUAACUGUAGGUGUUUACUUUUGCCACACAGAGGAUACAUUAAUAUCAAGCAAAAAACACUGCAACAAAGAGUAUUGCAAGUAAAGUGAAAAGAAAGCAUCCUCAAAAACUACACAAAUAAAAUCCUCCCACUUACAAAUUACCUACAGUACUAAUGGGGUGGGCACACAUACAGAGAACACAUGAACCUAGGGAAUAUACAUGGAAGGUAUACUUCUAAGGUCACAUGGCUGCAAUGGUUUAUAUCUGCAACAUUGCAGAACUGCUAAUGUCCACUGGUGAUAUGAUCAACUUGGGUGUUAAAUCCCAUCACUCAAUCACCAUCUUUCUGCUGGACAUUGUAUCGAUGGCUAUUUUCUGUUGGAUUAUCUCAGCUGUGAAUCUCUAUUGGUCUCUUGGCUUGUUGGGCUACUUUCUGGUACAAUCUGCUGGGCCUUAGAUAGUUAAUCUCUUCAGGAACAUCUGUUGACAUUUACUGAGGUGUUAUGACUGGAAAACCUCUCACUGUCAGGGAAAGCUACAAUUCUCUAAUGUAUAAUUUGAAAGUUAUGAACCAUUAGAUCCAUGUAGGCAGUCAACAAAAGUCAGCAAAUGUCCCACAUUAAAUGUAUUCUUUUGAUUUUUUUUCUCCUAGUAUGAACUCAGGGUAUUUGAUCCCAGGAACCAUCUGAUUUAGAGUUAGAAAAUUUCUUUUAAUGUCUAUUAAAUCCUUGAUUAUAGUCUAUAUCUCCCUAAACCAUUUUGGAAAUUCUGCUCUGCUUCUUCCCUUUCCAAAAAAUGUACAGGUGUUGUACAAAAAGCAUGAGCUAUAAGGGCCUCUUAUUCCCUUAAUCUUUGAUUCAUGCGCAAAUGAAACUAAAGAUGAGAACAACUUUUAGUUGAAGGGAGCAGGGCCAUGGGAUCCACCAUGUUUCAUUCUGCUGCUUCUGUUAUGAAUGUCUCCUGUUUAUAAAAGUGUUGUUCUAUUUUUUUCAUUUCUCCUCUUACAAAUGAGGAAGGUGAGGACCAGAGCCAUGAAGUCACUUGGUAAAUCAUGGUUAAAGCUAGGAUUUAUAUCCAGGUCUCCUUACUCCCGGCCCUCCCAUUACAUUCCAGGACUCCAUCAUCCAUGGAACAUCCGGAAGAUGUUCUAAAAAUGUCUCCUUAGACAUUUCAGAGUGUUCAUGAUUCAAUGAAGCAUUCAUGGAUGAUGAAGAAUCUUUUAUUCUCCUCUAUCAGGCUUUUCUAUCUACCCCUUCAGUUUUACAGCCACCAUUGGGAUGAAGAGAUCCCCUCCAUCCUAAAACUUAAACCUUUUUGAGGUUAAAACAGAUAGUCAGCCUUCACUCAGAGGUUGCAGAAAGGGGAAAGAGGUCCACCGAUCACUCGAUAUCAUAAUACUCAAAGCCAAAAGAGACUUUUAAAGAUCAUCAAUUCCAAAUUUAUCAUGUUACAGAUAAGACUGUAACUUAGAAGUUAGAUUUCAAUAAGAUGAAGUUCAGAAAAUAGAAAUGACUUGUUCAUAUAAAUAAUAAGAUCAGGGAGUCUAAUUCCAAAUCUAGUGUUCUUUCCAGUGCACAAUGUAACUGCCUUUCCUAAAAACAGGACUGGUGGAAGACACCAGGACCAUCCCCACAAUGGCAAGCAAUGCCCUAGAAGGGUUGGGAGAAGGACAAAAAAGCAAGAUAUAGAGGUGUUGCUAUGACUCUCAAAUCUUUAAGAAGCAGACACAGAAUUUCCUUUCAUCUCCUUGAGUUUUGUCCUCCAUGGAAACAAGGGAGAGAAAAACAAACAGAAAAACAACUAAGCUUCUCUCUUACCUCCCAGGUGACAGAAAAACACCAUGAAAAUGUCAAUAACUAAGAGAAAAAAAGGUGUCAGGAGGAAGAGUUUUCCUGGAAGGGAAGUAACUGCUAUUGACUGCUGGUGGAAAAAAGCCAAGUUUAGCUGGAGGCAGAGGAGAACUUAUAAUGAGAGACAAGAACACCAGGAGGGAGGGAAAGAGGGAGCCAAGAAAAGAUACACCAAGGAGAAAGGUAGCCAUGAAAAGAAAAAUUCAUACUGUGUCAAGAGAGAGCACAUCUAGGAAGAUACCCAGUCUCCUGGUUCUUCUUUCAAUCUCUAAUGUCCCAAAUUGUAAAUGACUGCUUCCUGAUCUUCCCUGUCACCACUCAGAAAUUUUACCUCUCCCCUCAAGGGAAGUAAUAAAGAUUUUAGAUAAGCAUAGGAUAGAGAUCAACUACUAUCUCCUUUCUGUGAUUUCUGAUCAAUAAGCAAACUCAUUAACCCAGAAACUAAAGACACAUUUGGAUCAUAUCAUUGUAGUCUAGGACACUGGGAACCCUAUUCCCUCACCUUUUAGAGAGGGGUCUGAUGCUGGGCACCAGUGGACCCAGAUUGAUCAUAGUGGUAACCAGGCCCUAAAGAGAAGAGAUCAAGUUUUUCUAUAACUCUUUGACUCUUUGUGCCCCACCUUGGAGUAAACCUCUGGGGAAAAUCUCUGAAAUGAAGCCUAUUAUGGCUUGUGUCUGGGAUUUCCCCAAAACUGAACUAUCAGGGUUCCUUCUAGAAAAAGAUGAAUGAAAUAUAGACAGACAUAUAUCUAUGUAUAUUCAUGGAAAUAGACAAA